CUGUUAUUUUCCAACUAGCAAAACGUUUGAUGCAUGUGCAUGCAAAUGAGUGUCACAGGAGGGACGCGUUUUAAUAAGCGCAAAAAUAAGCUGAAAAAUCGGAGAUGUUAAGAGUAGGCCUACGUUUAACGAUUAAAGGCGAAUCUAAAAAUAAAUGGUUACUGCUUCCAGCUCCAAGUGUGCGCUUGCCUAGUGAACAGAUGAUCGCACUACAGGAGACAAGGAUCUUGCAGCCAAGUUUACAUACUGCGAAGCGUUUUGCUCCGGAGCGGAGAGAGGCACAAAUGCUGCGGCGCACUGCAACGGUCAUUAUGAGAGAAGAUCGAGGGACGCCAUGGACAAAUAGAGCCUAGAUUUAGAUGAAAAGAGGAUGUUCUUCAAGGUACUUCAACCACAAUAUCGUCUCCUCGUUUUAAGGUCGCAUUGAACUAUCCAACAUGUCUUUUCCGCAUGCCUUUGUGAUCCAUCCCGAAACAAAACCGGUUUCACCUGAUCCUCCGCUAUGAUCGCGGCCAGUGCGUUAGCUCAACAAAGGCGAUCCCGGUAUAGAAUCGCUACGGACGGUCUGUCACCAUCGGUAAGGGACCCGCACACCUCUUUUAUUUUCAAUUUCAACCGCUUCGCUUGGUGGACAGCUUCCAAAUAUUCUAGCUAUCCUGGAGUCCGUAGAAGGAAAGGGCCGGGAUGGAGAAGUGUUGUCGCAGCUGCAUGCCAUGCCUGAAGAGGUUAUGGGACUGGAUAUGGCCCGAAAUUUACUAUCCGAACAUCGCUCGUCCUGCCGAGAUCCGCACCGUCUCAGGUGAUAUCCGGGUCCCGGCUCCUAAGAAGAAGCCCACGCAGCUGUACGCGGCUCUGUUCGACUUUGUAGCCCGCAGUGAGGAAGAGCUGACGGUGAAAGAAGGGGACAAACUCUCUGUCAUAGAAAAGAGGGGAGAUUAUGUGUUUGCCAAGAAGCUGACGGGAUCCCUGCAGUCCGGGCUGGUCCCUGCUAAUUAUGUGGCCCUCGUACAGGAUGAAUUCGCUAACUACAAAUGGUACUAUGGGAAUAUAAACAGACAAAAGGCUGAGAAGCUUCUUUUGGCUUCUCAGAAUAAAACGGGUUCCUUUCUGGUGAGGAUCAGUGAGAGCCACAGCGAUGAAUAUACUAUCUCAGCCAGAAGUGAAAAUAGUGUCUUCCAUUUCCGUAUCCAUCGCUCAGCUAUUGGUGCUUACUUUGUGUCCGACAAGAUCUCUUUUGGCACUCUGGAUGAGCUCAUCAGAUUCUACCAGCACAACUCCAAAAGUCUGGGAUGCCCCUUAGACCAGCCGUGCGUACAGCAAAGGGAGUUGUUUGACAUGGAGCCAUGGGAGCGGCCGAGGGAGGAGUUUCAGUUACUCAAGAAGCUGGGGGAAGGCCAUUUUGGAGAAGUCUGGGAAGCUGUCUGGACUACAGAGAAGAAGAAAGUGGCCAUCAAGAUGCUUAAACAAGAGGACACAAAGGUGGAUGAGUUUGUGAAGGAGGUUCACGCACUGAAGAACCUGCACCAUCCAAAGCUCAUUCAGCUGUUGGCUCUCUGCACGCGAGGAGAGCCCGUCUACAUCGUCACAGAGCUCAUGGCUAAAGGAAGUCUCAAAUCAUACCUUUCUUCUCCGGAGGGUCAGGUGUUGACCUCCGCUCACCUGAUCUACAUGGCUAGUCAGAUAGCAGAAGGAAUGGCGUACCUGGAAGAUCGACACAUUGUCCACAGAGACUUAGCAGCUCGAAACAUCCUGGUUGGAGAAGACCUGGUGUGUAAAGUAGCUGACUUUGGUCUGGCCCGCAUCAUCAAGGAUAGUGUGUAUACAGCAAGUAGAAACACCAAGAUUCCUGUGAGGUGGACGGCUCCAGAAGCUGCACUCUACCAGCGUUUCUCCGUCAAAUCUGAUGUCUGGUCCUUUGGAGUGCUGCUGUACGAGAUGAUGUCACGUGGAAAGAUGCCGUAUGAUGGGAAGAAUAAUAAGGAGGUGUUGGAGAUCCUGUCGUCGGGUUACAGGUUACCGUGUCCAAAUCGCUGCCCCCCAAACAUCUACCGCAUUAUGAUGGAAUGCUGGCACGCGGAGGCUUCCAAACGGCCCUCGUUCCACGCCCUUCACAGUCAGCUGGACAAUAUCUACUCCAGACUCUACUUCAAAACCAUUGAGGUGUAGAACACCAGGAGAACAGGUGGACUGAAACAGAAGAUCCUGUGGGACGGAAAGAUUUGCAUGGACAAAAGUGCACAUAAGACUUUUUGAUUGCUUAUGUUAAUGAAGUUAUGUGCAAUAAUAAAUGCUUGUUAAAGGACUUUUAAAAAGAUUCCAUGAGAGUUGAGGAAAGGAG